GACUGUGGGUUCGUAUGCCUUUACCGUGUAUCCAUCCAGAGAGCCCGACCAACCCAGUCGGUUUAGCAACGGUAUUCGUUUCACUCUAGCCUAUAUUUGAUGUAUUCUUUCUCCCCCUCUGCGCUGAUGGCGAGCAAGCGGGCGAACACUGUACAACAAGGGUGCGCACGGGAAGACAAACCAUAGACGAUGUGUUGAUGGGAUUGAACUGCAAACUGCGCUAUUUCUCUUGGAUGGUUGUCUUUUAGUCUCCAUUCUACGUAUUUUUGGAAGCCCAAAACAAAUUCGUGCGUGUACGCGACACCGUAUUCGUUUACCUUCGCUGUGUGGGUUGUGUGCUGCGUAUUUAGAUAUGAUGAGAGACUGAAGAACGUGCAGAUUUCUAACGGACGGUGGCGGCAUGAAUAAAUAUACGUUUUCAUACAGCAGCAGCAUCCGCCUACCUUACAGGAUACAAAACCAGAUGCUUGGGAUUCUUCGCUUUUACACAUCAUUCUGUGACCUGCAACGGGGACCGCUAUGAACGAACCUGCCGAUAAAGACGCUCUACGCAUGCUUUUACCAUCUGGUGAAGUAUUUUUCAAUGAUUGGCACGCCUUGGAAUAAUGAAGAUAAGAUCAACUUUACUUUAGCUUUGUGAUGGGUGCAUUUUAGGAUCAUUAGACUACGUAAAGUAACGAAACAUCUUGUGUCAUUUUAGCGUAGAUUCCGCAUAUUCCGUUAUUUUACAUCCAUAGAUUUAGUGCGGAUUACGCAAACACAAGUGGCAUUUAUUACAAACCUGUCUUUUUCUUUGUGAAUGUGAGAUAUUGAAAAAUAGAAAACUUAAAAUUCAUAUGCUAUGACUGUCAUAACCUAUACCUGCUAAUGUAAGGCACACAUUAUUGAUCUCAUUGCCAAACGUGAUUGCUACAUUUCAAAGGUAAACUUUACCUAUGCAGGUCCAAUCGAUUGCACGAUAAGGAGAGUUGUGGCGAUCAGUUUGUCACAGGCGUGUGUUUUUCAGCCCCCUUGUCAACUUUUACACAUGAAACAAGACACACAGGGAAGGUAGUCAGCAGAGAUAGUGUGAGAGUGGAGUGUUGUACAUCCAUUGUAGCCUAUAGCCUACUGCUGAAUAAGUCAAGGCAAUCAUAAAGAAAAACAAUUUCAAUGGUUUUCAGAAAGUUGCCCGGUGUGUCAGCAUCGGGCAUGGGUCUUCGCCUAUCCCAGAAAUUCGUCUUUCUACUUUUUCUCUCCGGCUUGGUAACUCUGUGUUUCGGGGCCUUAUUCUUCUUACCUGACUCUGUACGUUUGAAACGUAUUUUUCUCUCAAAGACGGAGAGCCAACCAGUAACCGUAGGGUCUGAGAAUGAUGUAAGGGAGCAUCUUAAGAAGGGAGCAAAGGACCCCGAACAUCUCCGGGGCAUCACCUCGGCCAAAGGGGAGACAAGCACGAAACUCAAAGCCUUGAGCCGCAAGCCCUCUGUCACCAAUGAGGCUAAAACGGAUAAGAAAGACGCUGGCGGGGAAGCGUUGGAGGACAUGACGCUUUCGAGAUCUAAAACGGAGUCGGCUUCUAAGGAUGAGAAAGUGACCUCGUCUUCAAACCAGGGUGCCAACACGGAUACUUCUUUCGAUUACAACAAGUUUAAAAAAUGUCUGCUAAAGCCGCCCUUGGGGAUCGAACAUGGCAAGCCGAGCGACCCUCAGACCCUUCAGCGUCGGGAGAAAGUCAAGGAGAUGAUGAAGUUUGCCUGGGACAACUACAAGAGCUUCGCCUGGGGCAAGAACGAGCUACGGCCCCUGACCAGGAAUGGCCACAUUGGGAACAUGUUUGGUGGUUUGAGGGGAGCCUCCAUCGUGGAUUCUCUGGACACGCUGUAUAUAAUGGGAUUAAUGGACGAAUACAAUGACGCAAAGGAGUGGGUGGAGACCAGCCUGGACCUGAACUCGAACGGCGAGGCUUCUCUCUUCGAGGUGAAUAUCCGUUACGUCGGUGGGCUGCUCUCUGCGUACUACCUGACAGGAGAGGAGAUGUUCAAGCGGAAAGUUAUGGUGCUUGGGGAGAAGCUGCUACCGGCCUUCAACACACCAACAGGUAUCCCACGUGGAGUCAUCAACCUGGGCAGUGGCACCAGUUGGAGCUGGGGCUGGGCGUCAGCCGGGAGCAGUAUCCUGGCGGAGUUUGGAACCCUGCACCUGGAGUUUGUCCACCUAUCAGAGCUCUCCAACAAUGACAUCUACACAGAGAAGGUUAUGAAUAUCCGAAAGCUGUUGAACAAAAUCGAGAAGCCUCACGGUCUCUAUCCCAACUUCUUGAGUCCCGUCAGUGGCAACUGGGUCCAACAUCACGUUUCCAUUGGCGGCCUGGGGGAUAGCUUCUACGAAUAUCUGAUCAAAUCAUAUUUGAUGUCAGACAAGACGGAUGAGGAGGCUAAGACGAUGUACUAUAGUGCUCUGGAGGCUAUCGAGGCUAACCUGGUGCAGAAGUCCCCUGGUGGGCUGACCUACAUGGCGGAGUGGAGGGGGGGCAUCCUGGACCACAAGAUGGGGCACCUGGCCUGCUUCUCCGGGGGCAUGGUGGUGAUCGGAGCCGACGACGGCGCUCCAGAGAAGAGGCAGCACUACCUGGACCUGGCUGCAGAGAUUACACACACCUGCCAUGAGAGCUAUAGUAGAUCUGCUACGAAAUUAGGGCCCGAGGCAUUCCGAUUCGACGGUGGGGCGGAAGCCACAGCGACCAGACUGAGUGACAGAUACUACAUCCUGCGGCCGGAGGUCAUCGAGAGCUACAUGUACAUGUGGAGGUUGACCCAUGACCCCAAGUACCGGGAGUGGGGCUGGGAGGCAGUGGAGGCUCUGGAGCAACACUGCAGAGUCGAAGCUGGUUUCUCUGGGAUCCGAGACGUGUACGCCCAGACAGUCAGCCAUGAUAACAUGCAACAAAGCUUUUUCCUUUCCGAGACACUCAAGUAUCUAUACCUGCUCUUCUCUGACGAUGACCUGCUGCCUCUGGAGGACUGGGUGUUCAACACGGAAGCUCACCCCUUGCCCGUCGUCCGCAAGAGCUGCCUACAGGGGGAGGGAGGGACACAUGACAAGACGACCUCGGAGUAGCAACCUACUGUACAACCACUGCACAACUCACCUGGAUACAGACACAGAGUAACACGUAUUCUUACAUCACAUGCAUACGAACACACACAUAGACACACACAUGACAACAUUACACACAGGUAACAACACCACAACAAGAUGCAGGGCCAACGUCCCUUGGGCCCUGUCACAGACUCUCAAUUCCUUUCCAGUAAAGGAUCUUGUCGUAUACGCUGUGAUUGUAUAAUCUUGAGCCGGGUCGGGACUACUUCCUGCCGGCGUUACUUUCUGUGGACAAUCAGGACGAACAUGAUUUUCAUGAAAAGAGCACCUUUUUUUUCUUUUCUUCUUUCCUCUGUGAGGAAACCAAGAGUAUCUUGCAGACCCAAGUGUAAUGGGAAGAGUGCUGUAUUAUGGGCCAUAUUGUGUGAGAGAGAGAGAGAGAACCACUGAGCUUUUGUUUUGAUUCCGUUUUUCACCGCAAUCAAUUAAUGAUUUCACUUGAUCUUGUUAUGGCUUUUUUCUCUGUCUCUUUGACCAAAGUUGUUUGUUUUUUUGUUCACCCCCUCAUAAUUCCCUUAACACAUCAUUUCUGUGGUGAGAUUUGACCAAUAGUAAGACGACAGACUAAUAGGAAGGUUUGAAUGGUGUUGAAUAUUAAAUGUAUAGACAAUUGUGAAAUGUAAUACUCAAAAUCCACCUUGAAAAGGAUUGUUUAUUCAGAGUUUCCUUGCAGAAACAGGUUAAAUGAAUAAUAACAGGCAUGGGAAAAAUUGAAAACUGAAGAGGUUGUUGGGGAGAGGGAGUGUCUUACAUGUCCAGGGACCAUUUUUAUACAUUGUUUGUCUUUAUAAUUUGUUUAGAGUACAAUACUGGUGACAUAUUUUCAUCAGGGCAAGUCAGCGUAACUUCACAUUCUGUGAGACCUGUGACUCACCUGUGACCUGUGACACAACUGUCAGUCCUGUUAUUGUAACACAAGUGUCGGUCCUGUGACUGUAACACAAGUGUAAGUCAUGUUACUGUAGCACUGUAGAACGAGUGUCAGUCCUGUGACUGUAAUACUACAGAACGAGUGUCAGUCCUGUGACUGUAAUACUACAGAACGAGUGUCAGUCCUGUGACUGUAAUACUACAGAACGAGUGUCAGUCCUGUGACUGUAAUACUACAGAACGAGUGUCAGUCCUGUGAUCAACACCGUAACACAAGUGUCAGUCAUGUUACUGUAACACUAUAGAACGAGUGUCAGUCCUGUGACUGUAAUACUACAGAACGAGUGUCAGUCCUGUGACUGUAAUACUACAGAACGAGUGUCAGUCCUGUGACCAACACUUUAACACAAGUGUCAGUCAUGUUACUGUAACACUAUAGAACGAGUGUCAGUCCUGUGACUAAAACAGAAGGUCUCAGCCUGUUACUGUGACACAAGUGUCAGUUCUGUGACUCCAACACAAGUGUUAGUCCUGCUACUGUAACACAAGCACUCACAACCACCCCAGAGGCAAGAUCACCACAGCUUGUCCCAGUCGCUUAGUAUGACUGGGCUCAAAUAUGCUUGCCAAAGUUAACAGCCCUCAUCGAGAGCUCCAGCUCUCUCAAAUCCACAGUGGGGAAAGUUAGGCUUGAGGCUAAGGGUUUCCUAAAAUGCAUUCCGUAGAGGGGAAUGUGAACAGCGCUUUCCUAUUUCAUCCUUAUACGUAUCAUCACAGCUGUCCAAUACAGAGAGAAUGUGCUGUACAUACCUGGAUGAAUGUAAGGGUCCCCUGUAUUAGCUGAUCUUCAGUUUCUUUUGUGAUUUAUUUUACUUAAUUACAUCGUUAUUUUCAUUGCUUUUUCAUUUGCUUCCCUCAGGUGUUUCUGUAAAAGAGGAAAAAUGUUUGACUUUAAUUUUAGUUCUGGUUGAUAUGAAUUAUUGUUAUUACUUAUCUUUCAUUGUUGAAUAUUUUCAAAUACUGAUAAAAGACCUGUGCAACUUUGUACAUUUAAAGCAA